GGUCGAUCUUUAACACAUCAAACACAAGAACAAAAAGUCACUUGUCUCAUAUUGAUCCUAAAAUUCUUAAAGCUUUCUAGUUUCCACUUCUGAUAUCUCAUUCCGAUAAAGAAAUUAUCAUAUUUCCUCUGAGUUGGUAAUUAGUUUUACAUAUUCUAAAAAGUUAAGUUCUUUUAAAAUCCAUACUAUUAGCACCAAUGGAGAAGGUACAAAAAAUGGUCUCUGAGAAACCUGUUGUGAUCUUCAGCAAGAACUCGUGCUGCAUGUCUCACUCAAUCAAGACUCUCUUCGUCGACUUUGGCGUGAACCCAACGAUCUAUGAGUUAGACGAAAUCAACAGAGGAAAGGAGAUAGAACAUGCACUCGCUCAGCUAGGCUGCAGCCCGACCGUGCCAGUGGUGUUCAUAGGAGGGCAGCUCGUUGGUGGAGCCAAUCAAGUCAUGAGUCUUCAUCUCAAUCGCUCUCUUAUCCCUAUGCUUAAAAGCGUUGGAGCGUUAUGGGUUUAGUUAUUAAUUAAACACACAAACUAACGAAUCUCAUCAAGUCUGCACGUACGUACCUUGCUAAUUAUUCUAACUAGAUUCUUUCUCCGCGCUACACGCGGAAAAGUGUGUUGAUUGUUUAUUUUCCGAUCAUAUGUUUCAAUGUUUGUGUUUGGAAUGAGAGUGUUGUAUUUCUCAAAGCAAUGAGAAAGUCGGUGAAUUAUUUAGGGGAACUCAAUCCAGUAAA